AUGUACCCCUGGCCCUGCAGAGGGACAGGCAGUUCAACGCCAAAGACACCGAGGUGGGACGGCUUCAGCGAGAAGAUGCAGGACGAGCCAGCCCUUGCAGAGCAGACUGUCAUCUGCCCCGAGGAUUUGACCAACAAGCUGCAAGGGAUCAUGGCCGACUGGGUGUUCGACGGAGUUCAAGCUCGACAGGAGGCCGCAUCGACAGUCGAUGUGGUGGACCUUGAAGAGGCGAUCUGCGAAUUGCUUGAUGACGUACUGGAGGCUUGGGAGGAAGUGGACAUCCUAAGGCGGAGGGGCACAGAGAUUCGUGCGGGCGUGAAGAUGCCCAAGGAGAAGUUGGGUACGUUCUAG